UGCAGCAAGAAAUCUUCAGAACAUACAGCUAGAUCCAGCACUACCCCGUCAACCAUGUCUGCAAACCCACCAGCGCAAAAACGACAUAACCGCAACAGGCUGGGAGAGAGACGGGUCAACCGCGACCCAAGCAGCUCAAGAGAUGCCAGCGAAGAGGACAAUGACAAUGUCGAAAACUCAUUUUCCGAUGUCGGAUCCAUGAACUCUUACCACGCCGAAGCACUUUCCACCACCUCAACCAUUGAUUCGCCCACUAGGAUGCCGCCGCCUGCUCUUCCGCCCCACAGCUCGUCAGGCUCGCCAAGCACUACCCAGGCUGGAAGACGUUCUUACCAGCAAAGACGCGUAGAAGAACUGAAUGGAGAAGGGAGCCAGAGCGAGGGUCUCGAUUCCCCAACAUAUGACGGCGAUGUGGAGAGCUCUUCCACCAUUGGCGGUGCACCUGCUCACCACCAACACACCCACUUCAGAAGGCCCUCAUUCCCAGCCCCAGUACCUACAUCAGAAACCCCGCAUCCUGCAGCCCACAUUGUCCAGCGGCAACCCACUCCCAAAGCCUCCCAAAUUGGCUUCUCCGCCGCGGACUACCCUGCCGUGCCCACUCCUAAAGCAACCUAUGUUCGACCCUCAGAUGUUCCUGUUGCACCUUCUGUAGCCCUUGAAGAGUGCGCGAGAAGCCCACCUACGACUUCCUGGAUCCAAUCUCCAAAUUCCGCUGGAGGACCGCCGAAGAUGUACGCCCGCGCCGUAGAACGUACGGAAGAGGAUAUCAAGGGCUUCGUUGAGCGAGCGAUCCACGGCAGAGGGCAAGAAGAUGGUGUUGAGAGAUGGUGGAAGACCAAUCCUCCGCCUGAGGGCAAGGUUGUGAGAGUGUAUGCGGAUGGUGUCUAUGAUCUAUUUCACUUUGGCCAUGCCUUGCAACUUCGCCAAGCCAAGCUUUCCUUUCCCCAAGUUCAUCUCAUGGUUGGCGUUUGCUCUGAUGUUCUUUGUGCGCAGCACAAGUCUGCCCCAGCUAUGACCCACGCCGAGCGCUGUGAAGCAGUCAGGCAUUGUCGAUGGGCGGACGAGGUUAUCCCUGACGCACCUUGGGUUGUUGAUCAAGCGUUUUUGGAUAAGCACCAGAUUGACUAUAUCGCGCAUGAUGAAGAAGUUUACCCUAGUAAAGAUCAUGAAGAUGUGUAUGCAUUUGCUAAGAAGGAGGGCCGCUUCGUUCCUACUCGUCGAACACCUGCCAUCUCCACGUCCGACCUUCUCGAGCGUAUCGUCCGAGGCUACAGAGAUGGUUUCUUCGAUUCCAAACUUGAAAAGAACGGUCACCCCGAACUGUUGGCUGCGGAUGUCGAUUGGGACUCUAGCGCAUCAAUGGAGAAGCGAGAAAAGAGAAAGGCGGCGCAUCACCACAAAGUGAAAAAGUAGUACCAAAAAGAGAAGGAAAAAAAAAAGUGUUGUCUCUGAUGUUUUCGGUCAGAUCUCAUUUAGGAUUUUAGUUUUGGAUGUAUUCUCGGGUCGUGUUUUCUGACUCUAACA